AGGGACGGUCAAUUUUAUUAAUUUCUUAUUUUCCAGAUGUUGGACCUGGACCCAAGGAGAAGAGAAAAGAGGAUGCAGAAACUUUGACUUUGCUGUGGGUUUUCCAUUAUUAAAGGUCCAUUGGUUUCCAAAAUCUAAACCCCACAUCCAACUCUGUUCUCAUUCAUAUUUGCCUUUGCCCUGUUUCUCUCUUCUUCAAUCCUUUUCAUACAUCUCUUUACGCUCUCUCUCUGUGUUUAAUUCCUCUGUUCCUGAUCUGAAGCUUUUUAAUUAGUCUAAAAUGGAGUACGAAAAUCAGUACAAGCGGGUUCUAACGCCAAAAUACGAUUGUCUUCUUUUUGAUGUAGAUGAUACCCUUUAUCCCUUUAGUUGUGGUUUCUCCAAAAACUGCACCAAGAAUAUAGAAGAAUAUAUGGCUCAAAAGCUAGGCAUAGAGGAAACAGAGGUCUCCAAGAUGAAUCAUGAAUUAUACAAGAACUAUGGCACAUCAAUGGCAGGACUCAAGGCCUUUGGUUAUGAUUUUGACAAUGAUGACUAUCAUAGUUAUGUUCAUGGAAGAUUACCCUACGAGGUUCUCAAACCUGAUCAUGUCCUUAGAAGUCUUUUGCUUAGCUUGCCAAUUCGGAAAGUGAUAUUCUCGAACGCGGAUAGAAUCCAUGUCAACAAAGUCCUGAGCAAACUCGGAUUGAAUGACUGCUUUGAUGAAAUCAUAUGUUUCGAGACUCUGAAUCCCACAAGCGACGAAGAUCAAUCAAUAGUUGAUAAUAGCUUUGUUGACAAGUCAUGUCUAUACAACGAAGAUUCGGAACUUCCAGCUACUCCAAUUGUUUGCAAGCCUUUUGAAAAUGCAUUUGCACAAGCAUUCAAGAUAGCCAAAAUUAAUCCUCAAAGAACACUCUUCUUUGAUGAUAGCAUCCGAAACAUUCAGAGUGGAAAGCGAAUUGGCCUUCACACUGUGUUGGUAGGGAGUUCUCAGAGAAGAGAAGGAGUGGAUUAUGCAAUAGAGAGCAUCCACAACAUAAGAGAAGCUGUACCAGAGCUAUGGGAAGUUGAUGAUUAUAAAAAGGAAGAGAUUCAAAGGUUUUCUUCUAAGAUGGGAAUUGAGACUUCAGUCACUGCCUAAUUAAUAAAAAGCUUUCUUGGUUUUUUAGGCCUACAACAAAGAGUUAUGUGGUUAUCCCUGUCCGUGUCUAUACUCUGUACCAACCACCUCAACCUGUUAAAAGUCAAAUCACUGUGACUUAUAUACAAGCUUUGUUAUUAAUAAAAAAUAGUUCCCUAAACCACUUUUCUUGCCAUGAAAAAGCUUGGCUAAUUUCCAGGCUUUCCAUUAAUUAAUUAACUUCCAUUUUAUAAAAUAUUAUUUAUGGCUUAACAACAUUGAA